AUGUUUUGCGAACGCUGCGGCACUAAACAGGAAGUGACGUGGAUUUUUUGCAAAGGGUGCGGAACAAAAAUUGAAAAACAAUCAGACGGUUGUUGCGACGGUAGAAGGAAAGGAUCUGAAAAUGAAGAAAUGUCUUUACAACUGGCAGCCGCGUCGCUUGACGAAGGUAAAGACGAACAGAAAGACAUGCCUUCUUCAAAUGACGAAGAUGAAAGCGAAUUCGUAGAAUUUGGAAGCGACUCGUAUGAAGAUGUUCCCAUAUCAGAAGCAGAGAUUACUGCCUACGAGCGAAUUUUAACCGAAAGCGGCUACAACGAACUUAUAAAGAAACUAGACGAAUCCAAUAGUGAAUGGAGACAUUCGACUAUAAACAUUGCCAUAACAGGUGAGGCUGGGACAGGCAAAUCUACAUUAAUAAAUUCAUUAAGAGGGUUGAAGGCAGACGAUGAGGGCGCAGCAAAGACUGGAUGUACAGAAACUACAACGCAGGUUACUUGUUAUCCGCACCCAGAAUAUACCUACCUGAACGUAUGGGACCUGCCAGGGGUUGGAACGCCAAAUUUUACGCGUGAUAAAUAUUUUCAAACUGUUGAUUUUAAGGAGUAUGACUUUUUGCUACUUGUUUCAAGCUCUCGUCUUAAGGAAAACGAUAUGUGGCUGGCAAAAACAAUAAUAGAAUGUAAACCAAGCGCAAAUUUGUUUUUCAUCAGGACUAAACUUGACAACGACUUGGAGAACUUGAAACAAGAACGGCGAAAAUCUUUGAAUGCAGGAGAGCGCACAAAGAUUGUUAAGAAGAUAAAAGAGGACAGUCUUGAAAAUCUAACAAAAGGAGGAAUAAAAGACCCGAAGGCCACACUUAACAUCGGUGAUGGCACAGCGUUUAGUAUGUAA